AACAGUUUCCCAUCUCUACAUAACUGCCCCCUUCUCAACCAAACACACUUCACACUUCACACUUCACACUUCACACUUCACACUUCACACUUUACACUUUGCACUUAAAAACUUCACUCUAUCAAGGUUCCUUCAUUGGCUUUGGAUUUUUAUUUACCACUGCUACAUUCACUCGUUAUCGUCCUAUCCAAAUCAAAAGUCUUCCCAUAUAAAUUUAGAACUUGGGCCUAUAAUUACUCCCCUACUACUAAGCCCUUUAUUCAGCCAUCGCAAAUAUUCGCACCUUUUACAUAAUAUACGAGCGUCCAUUCAUCAUUUAAUAAACCCCCCACCUGAUCAGUCGUAAAGUCCAACGGAAUUCACGCAUGACCGAGUGGAUGUAUAAAUCUCACAACCAUCAUCCUCAACACUUCUUUCAUCUGCGCGCCUUCACAAAUCUGAGUUGGUGACAUCCGCCUUCGUACUACACCACAUCUCAACAACGAUACUUCCCUUUAUAACAAUCAAUCAGCAAUGCAGUACGUGCGAAGUAUCAGCGGGUCGGUUUCGAAAACAUGGAACUCCAUCAAUCCAGCAACCCUCAGCGGAGCUAUUGAUGUUAUAGUCGUUGAACAAGAAGAUGGAUCAUUGGCAUGUUCACCAUUUCACGUUCGCUUCGGGAAGUUCUCUCUUCUUCGACCAUACGAGAAGAAGGUCGAAUUCAGAGUCAAUGAUGUCAAACAAGAUUAUGCGAUGAAGUUGGGUGAAGGGGGAGAGGCAUUCUUCGUGUUCGAGACGAGUGAUAAUAUUCCAGAAGCUAUGCAGACAUCGCCACUUGUUUCGCCAGUUUCCAGUCCGCCAUUACCAGCAGCAGGCUCAGAUCCAGCGAGCUUGUCCGAACCCGAUUUUCUAGCCUUGGAUAUGGGACAUAAGAGUUUAAGAUCAGAUAGUUUUACAAAGUCUGUUGGAGGCUCAUACCCUCGAAGACAGAGUAAUCUCAGUAAGCUGCCAAGAUUCUACUCAAAUGUUCUUUACUGACUGGAGUAGGUGCUUUGACGCCACCAUCAAUAUCCUCAGAGCAUGCAAGUGGCAUGCCCCUUUCUAGCGACUGGUCAGGGGUGCAACGAAGUCAUACAGACGAAUUGUUGACAUCUUCGGCUCGAACAAAUAUUAGCGAUUUGACGGAACGAGAUAGACAGACACGAUCUAUGACGCCGACUAUUGCAGCUGUUGAUGGCCAAUCGGAUAUCUUUACUGAAAGGUCGCACAGUCCUCCACCUCUGCCAACCCGGGAAGCCAUAGAACGAGCAAUGGCAUUGUCGAAUCGACUUCAAGCUUCCAACAUACCCAGUCAGGUUACCGAAACUGGAGACUUAAUGUUGGAUAUGACUGGUUACAAAAGUAGUGAUGAUGAUGCUCUUCGAGCAGAAGUAAUUGCGCGGAAGAUUUUGUCGGAAGAAUUAGUAGGCAAUUAUGACAUUGGUGCUUUAAUUGGUGCGGAUGAACAUGGAAACCUUUGGAUAUACAGCAGCGAGGAGGCAAAAGACGCUGCAAGUCACAGGGCAGCAAUGGCAGGCAUUACGAAUGCCUCUGGAUUAACCAGUGAUGCUUCAUCGGACCCAGGAUAUAAUAGUGAAACGGAUAGUGAUAUCCUUCACCAACCAAUGGCUCCAACUCACCGACGUGCCGAUUCUGAUUCACUGGGAAUGCAGACGCCACCUAAAACACCCACUGGAACUGCCGGUGAUCCAAAUCGGAAUUACGCCAAAACUUUACGAUUGACUAGCGAUCAAUUGAAAGCUCUCGGUCUCAAAUCCGGACCAAAUCCCGUGAGCUUCACUGUCAAUCGAGCAACAUGUCAAGCCAACAUGUAUCUUUGGAAAUAUGACGUCCCUAUUGUAAUUUCUGAUAUCGACGGUACCAUCACAAAAUCAGAUGCUCUUGGUCACGUUCUUAAUUAUAUCGGAAGAGAUUGGACUCACAUUGGAGUGGCCAAACUCUAUACUGAGAUUGUUAAUAAUGGCUACAAUAUCAUGUAUUUGACGUCUCGAUCGGUAGGUCAGGCUGAUACCACCAGGGCAUACCUCAACGGCGUGGCACAGGAAAAUUAUCAUUUACCGAAAGGUCCGACCAUAUUGAGUCCUGAUAGAACGCUUGCAGCUCUGAGAAGAGAAGUGUACAUCCGAAAGCCGGAAGUCUUCAAAAUGGCUUGUCUACGAGAUAUUAAGAACUUAUUCGGUCCCAACCGUACACCGUUCUACGCAGGUUUCGGCAACAGACUGACUGAUGCAUUAUCGUACCGUUCCGUCAGUAUUCCCAGCAAUCGUAUUUUCACGAUCAACAGUUACGCGGAAGUAUCGUUAGAUUUGCUCACUCUCAACAAAUUAAGAUACAGCUAUGUGAAUAUGCGAGAGGUUGUCGAUCAUUACUUUCCACCAGUGAACACCCUCAUCACAAGUGGAGGCGAAGAGUACACUGAUUUCACCUAUUGGCGAGAACCUGUUCUUGAAAUCGAUGAUUUCAGUGCAUCCGAGAGUGAUGAGAGAGAUCUUGAAGAAAGAGAAGAUGAGGAGGAUGAAGAAGAGGAUGAAGAUAAUGGACACAUGGGCGAAAGUUACAUCUCUCGCGGGUCUAUAGAUGAAGACAAUUACUACGAGGAAGGUCUAGAUGAAAGUCUUUUGAUGGAGUCUAUAGAAGGAAAUGAUGUUUUAACAAGAAGUAUGCUACUAGAAGAGCAAGGCCAGGACUACUACGACAAUGCAAUCGAAGAUUAUGAAGAUGAAGAGGAGUCGAUGCUAGAAGAAGAUGGUGUGAGACCAGAUGAUCAAGUCACUCCUCAACCCCAGCUCGAGAAACGCGAUUCUGAUGCCGAAGUGAUUACGGGAAUGCACAACCUUACUUUGGAAUAGCAAGAUUCCGACGAUAAGAAAGUCUAAAUGCUCAUUCAGCAAAGACAUAAGAGGCAUGGAACUUCAAGAUCCGUGUACACUCGAUCACGGCACCCGAGAGACGGCAUUUGAGUCACGGACGAAAUUAAAUGAGAGAUGCAAGUGGAUGAAUAGGAGUAUUUGUGUUGGAGUGCAGCGUAGCGACGAGAAUUUUUAGUGAAAUACCUUUCAAAGGCGACUGUAGAUUAGCAUAUUUUGGGAGUUUAGAUGGAUGAGCAUAGGAUUUUUUAAUUCUUGGAAUGGUGUAUAUCUUUUAAGGGUGGAAUGGUAUGGAAUGGUAUGGAUAUACAAGGGGCAUGGAAGACAAGGCAUAGCGUGGAGUUUUUUAAUUUGUGGAGUAAUUUUUCGGGGAUCGUGAGAAUAAAGCGAAUUAUAUAUAAUUGAACUUUUACUUUAUCUCGUUUGA